AUGUCAACUCGUUGGGACGAUUACGAAAAUCGCAGAAUCUGUCUUCUCCCGAUUCCUCGGCUUCGCCUGGGCGAAAAUAAACGUGAUGUAGGAAUUUAUGUUUCCGGUGGCUUGUUCGCAUUAGGUUGGUGGUUUUUUAUCGAUGCAGUAGUCUGUUCUUCGACAUCAAAUGAACAUAAGGUCACUUUAACGCUUGUUGAUUGGAUGAGUGGAAUUUUUAGUACACUAGGAUUGUUAUUCGUAAAUUCUAUUGAUAAGUCACUUCUCGUUAACGACGAUUUUGGGUAUUCGAGCAAUAUAUCUCCGUGGACACCACGGUUCCUGUUGUUUAUAGGAUUUGCAUUGAUGGCGGGUGGGUUAGCUGGAUCUGUGACUGUCUUGAUUCUUAAAUAUAUAAUACCCGAAUUCGAGAUUUAUUUCGGCGUUGCAGAAGUUGCACAGAAUACUGCAAUUAUGCUAAGUUCGGUUGUACUUUGGGUUGCACAAAAUUCUGAACAGAGUGAUUACAAUUAUAAUUACGUCUUGUGA